AGCUCAAGUUUUCAGCUGACAUAUAUCUCUACAUUUCUGAGCAAUUUCAUAUAAAAAAACACAGAGAUCAUGGCUGUUGGCUUACCUGGUAAUCUUGCUAAGCAAAUUCUUCGCCGUUCAGAAUCUGGCUCAAACAGAUCAACUUCAAGGUUUACAAAUGUGCCUAAAGGUUUCUUAGCUGUGUACGUUGGGGAGAACCAGAAGAAGCGAUUUAUAGUUCCUGUAGCCUACUUGAGCCAGCCUUCAUUUCAGGAUUUGCUGAGCAUGGCGGAAGAGGAGUUUGGCUUUGAUCAUCCAAUGGGUGGCUUGACAAUCCCCUGCAGUGAAGAGAGAUUUAGUUAUGUCGUCUCCGUCCUCAGCAGAUAAUAAGGACAGAGCAACAAAAAAUAGUUUUGUAUAGAGAUUCAGAACGACAAGAGUCGUUGCUUAAUGUAAAUGACAUUCUUUCUCUCCUUCAAGCUGAUGAAGCUUUAAAGAUUGAUUGAGAAAGUUUUACCUGUAUAUAGUGAAUCGAGAGCCUUUUUAGUUCAAAUCAUACAAUCACUUUCCAUUUUUUCCUGAUUACACUAUCCAACUCUUCUCGGGUAAUUAACAAAAAGUGUUGCUGAUAAGCAUGAGCAUCCAUAUAAGUAAAGAAGUACUAUACUGUCAAUUCCUGCUCUGUGUAUCCACCAAAACAAGCUUCAGUUGUUUCAAUCCGUAGUCAACAGCUACCUUCCUAGCUGUUCACAGCACAGGCUUACAGUUCUAUAAUUUAAGAAAGGGUAAAAAAGAAAACAAAUAGACUUUCUGCAACUUUUGAUCGGCUAUAGUAACCUAAAUCCGCAUUUUAAUAUAUUUACUUCAGUUACUGCAGUAGCAGCCCAACAGGUUGAAAUGACACAGUUGAUUGUAUAUUUAACUAGAGAUCUGAAGGUUGAGUGGUUGACAAUGUUCAUCUUUACCUCAAAGGAAGUACAGCAGCAAUGGUUCAUAAAUCAUAACCCUCUGAUUAGAUGACCACCCAGAAAAAUCAGUUAAACGAAAGUUUUUGAGUGGUUUGAUUGAUAAUGAUGCAUGUGUCCAUAAAUGAUUGGAAUGGUAGGAGUCUAGGAAAUGUGGUUGAGAGGUGAAAGGGCUAGGAGUGGGGCUUGCUGAGUAUAAUGACAGUUGCCGGAUCACAUGGUUAUGCAUCCAAUUCAACUCAGAAUCAAGAGUUUGACAGUGUUUUCCAAUUUGUUCUGCACUUUACCAGGAUACAUAGCGUGCCGCAAACUCAUGGAUUAAGGAAGGAAAAUCAAGACAAGGACUCCACACAAGAUUUUAGACGUCGACAAGUACAUGGUUCCCUUUCCUGAUACUCAUGUGCAUUUGUCCUUAGAGACAAAAAAUUUUAGGGUAACUUCAGCACUCCAAACACUGGCGCUGACCGUGAUGAACUUACAAACUUAAGAACAAAGCAAAAUUCAUAUUAAGAAGAAGAAGAAAACACAGCAAUAAAUAAAGAGAAGGACUCACCAGAAAGGAAAAGCAAAGGGGAACAUUUCCCCCGACAGAGAAUUGUGAAUUCUAUAUGAGAAGGCCGGUGGUGCUGCCAUCUGCAUUUGGAGCUCAGCUAACUUUAGAUGUUUCCUGCAAACUUUGUUUCUAGGAAAUAAGAGAUAGGAAUUAAUAUUUAUUUGGCCGACAAUGUGAUCAAAAUUAUGGUCAUGCUGCUUCAGCAAGUUCUUUUCUUUAUCCAUGCUAUAAGAUUUCAAACUGUUGGUGCAUUGAUUGUCUCCAGCAAUGGGCCAUUUGUGUUGCUAGUCCAUUGACGACUACAUAGACCACCAACUAUCCAUCUCUCUUGCCUUUAUCACGAUUCAUUGACUUCGGUUUGUUUGCAGCUCCAACCUACUGUCGCCCAAUCUUCAUACAUUAGCCAGCACAGAAACGUUUUCAAGCCUAUAAUUUCUUAAUUAGGUGGAAGACAGAAGGGACCAUCACCUUCAUUAACAGUGUUUCCGGCUGGAAUUCCAGGCCACACACUCACCAUGGUAAAGGAUAUCAAAGCAUACCAUUCAAACUAUAUAAAGAGAGAAGCUAUUGAUAGUUCACAACCCAACCAAGCCUCACAAUUGUUAUUGAAUACUUCCCAAAAAAUAAAAUUCCCACAUACAGCUCAACUAGAGAAGAAAAUGGCUAUUCUCUGUCCAAGUGUCCUUCCCAGGCCAAGUCCCCGUAGAUGUUCUUCAAUAUCCUCAGAUGUUCCUAAAGGAUUUGUGGCAGUAUAUGUUGGGGAGGGUGGCAAAAGGAAGAGAUUUGUCAUUCCAGUAUCCUUCUUGAACAGCCCAUCAUUCCAAGUUUUGCUGCGGUUAGCAGAAGAAGAAUUUGGUUUCAACCAUCCCAUGGGGAGACUGACGAUUCCAUGUAAAGAAGAGAUGUUCAUUUCUGUAACUUCCAGCUUGUGUAGAUCAUAAGAGAUUUCCAGAAGGCUGAUGAGUUUAGUUAGAUGACAACUUUUUUUUAUGGCCUCAACAGCCAUUUCAAUGUAACAGCUUGAAUUUCAGAUUCUAGAUUAAUGAGAACUAGCAAUGACUCUUCAUCAAAGAAACCAGACUUUCUUCUAACUGCCCACAUGUGCAAGAACAUAGCUAAAUAGUAGCAUCUCAACUAUAUCUAAACACCUUCAGCACUGUAUUGUGAACCAAGAGCAUUAUCUUUAUAGCCAGUGUUUCUCCACCUAAUGAACUAAACAAAUCAACAGCGGAUGAAAGUUGGGUUUCAGAAACCAAUUCAAGUUACUCUAUAAAUGAUAACCACAAUUAUGCAGCUCUUCAACUUUCAUUUUUUGUCCUAGACAACAUGAAUCUCCACCAAAGCAAAAACAUACUCUGGCAUAUAAUUAUGCUGCACGCUUUAUUAUUAUAUUUUGGUUAUUACCAGCAUAAAAUUACACUACUCUGUUUUACUAAUUAUAAACUACAAGGCGUCUGAAUGUGGUCAUUUCCUCACUUUUGAUCCAACUUAUGAUACCAUUAUGGAGAAACAAGAGAUCUGAAGAACAGCCCCACUAAAAUGUAUUAUUAACAAGCAAAAACCUUUGUAUGGAAAAUGCUGAAUAUGUGGUUCUUUUUUAUAGUUCAGGACAACACACCACCUAGCUGAGGGAAAACUAUGUCUCUGAUGUUUAGAUGAGAUUCAAGGUUUAUUUGUGCUCUCCUAGCCAGAACCAAAUCCAGCUUUUUCUCUGUUUUAGGAUUAUAGGGAAGCUUACUUGGACCCAAGGACCCUGCUCGAUGGCAAUAAACAGAACCCCACAAGCAGCAUCGUUUUGGUUGUUCGUCGAGGUGAUUUGAAAGCCCCAAUAGAUAAUGCUAAACAAC